AUGCAGCUACCGACCUUUUCAGGAGCGUACGUAGAUUGGCCCGGAUUCGCGGAUCAAUUCCACUGCACGAUACACGAAAAUGUCCGACACGUGACACUUCAAGCAUUACAGGAGGAAGUACACAAGUUCUGGACCAUCGAAGAAGGUCCGUCCAGGAGAAGGUGGUCCCCAGAGGAACAAGCGUGUGAAACGCAUUACGUGACCCACAUAACUCGCGAGGCAACUGGCCGGUACAAGGUCCGCUUGCCCUUUAAGAACGAGAGAGCCAAGCUGGGGGAUACCUACCAGUUAGCCCUAAAGAGGUUCCUUUCAUUAGAACACUCCCUGCAGCAAAGGCCGACCCUCAAGACACAAUAUCAUGAAUUUCUGCGCGAAUAUGAGACCCUGGGUCACAUGUCCGAACUCACGAACGACUCACGUGAUGGAUGCUAUCUCCCACACCACCCCGUUCUCAAGUCAGACAGCGUCACCAAGGUGCGCGUCAUCUUUGAUGCGUCUGCCCGAUCAUCGGCCGAAAACUCAUUAAACGAACUUCUCAUGGUAGGACCCACCAUUCAGGACGACCUCGGUAGCCUACUUCUCAGAUUUAGAACGUACAAAUACGUACUUGCAGCGGACAUCGUCAAGAUGUAUCGGCAGAUAAACAUGCACCCCAAUGACCGUCCGUAUCAAAAAAUCUUGUGGAGAGAGGACAUCAAUGAACCAAUAAGAACCUAUCGACUGAACACGGUGACCUACGGAACAACGUCCGCACUCUACACCAAUUAG